AGGGCCGCGAGGCACUGAUAUUCAGUAUGCCUGGUGCAGACCACGUAUGCGAGUCUCUGCCUCCGAACUCCUCCAUCUUUUAGUGUGUGGAUACAAAAGAAAGUCUAAGAAUUAUUGACAACAUGGAAAUAACAAAUUUUAAAUGUUGAUACAUUUAUCUACACCGAAAUGUAGAGUGUGUGAUACACAUGCAGUCUCCACCAGUGUAACAUGUAUUCCUUCAAUACAUUUAGGUACUUAAAGAGAUGUGCAUGUCAAGCGUAAAGUGAUGAAUAAGUGAUAUAUCUAGAAAAGAAAAAAAAAUACAUAUACAUAUAUAAUACAUUGCUUUCGGGUUGCGAGGUGAAAGACCAGUGUCGGCCAGAUUGUGACUCCAGCAUUUCCUGGACACAAGUUCUUCCCAUGGAAAGAUGGUGCUCCCUGGAAUUCUCCGACGGGUGAACAAAACCCUUCCUGUUUUAAUUCAAACCAUCGCCAUCAUCUGCUUCAUUCACUACAUUGCAAAGGGUGUUCUUGUCAAAGUUCACACGAAGACGUCACAUCAGGACUACCACUUCCGAACCAAAGCAGGCUCCCCCCACGCGCACGCCGGGCGAGGGACGAAGCUUACUGUAGGAGCACGCCCUAGCAGUUCCGGCCCACGCCAUGCGGCCGUCAGCUCCUCCACCACUUCUACUACAACUGCCACAACCUCAACCACCACGCAUAUGCCCGUCUUUCCCGAUGAAGUCAUAGAACGAGAGCAGCAGCGGAGACUGGACACGUUACACAAAGCCUGCACCAGGAUGAAUAUGGGAUUAUGGGAAAAUGGAGAGGAGAGUAACUUUACAAAAGAAGAGAGUGUGGCCAUAGCCGCUGUGCCCAAGAUCCCAUUGUACCAGGCACUGCUUGUAUCUGAAAAGAAAAACCUCGCAGUGUGUCCAGUAGUAAGAGCAGGGACGCAGUGGGUGUCACGGCGCCUUCUGCAGCUAACAGGGAAAUUCACCAAAACUCAGCUUUAUCGGCUACACGAGCCUCCUUCUGCCGUUGUUCGGCAUCACUAUGCUUACCUUAGUUCUUGGGAAAAAUACCCCGUGGUCCUGGCUCAAUGUGUUACAAUACUGAUGGGGCGCCACCCACUGGAUCGUCUCUUGGCAUCCUACCGCCAUGUGCUGGAAGACCCAGACAAGAAUCACCACGGAUAUCUCCACUACGGGAAGCGUAUUGUGCGCUCCUACAGGAAAGCACCAACACCCUCAAAGGGACCAACUUUUGAGGAGUUCGUGAGAUUUCUUCUGGAGCAUGACUCUCAUCAUCUGGAUGAAGCGUGGCAACCCACCAUUCGUCGCUGCACGCCUUGCCACAUCCCCUAUAACGUGGUAGUGCACUAUGAAACUCUCUGGCAUGAUAUGCAAUGGGCGUGGAAGAAAGCGGGUCUUGAAUCACUCAACACUACUGACUAUUUUGUUCAGACCAUCACUCCACAGAUUCGAAGAGAGUAUUUCUCUCAACUAACUCUUGCACAAAUUAUUUCAUUGUAUAAGAAAUUCAAAUUAGACUUUGAAAUAUAUGGUUACUCCUUAGAGGAGCACAUAGCCUAUGCCCAGCCUGGAGAUGAGGCCAUAGAUCCUGUCGUUAUGAAUAAUUUACCUCGCAAUAACCCAGACCUUCUUCAGAAGUAUAUGAAAGAAGAGGAGGAAAAAAUGAUGAAGAAGAAUAAUGAUGGAGAUGAGCUACAACUGCCUUUGGAGUCCAAUUCUGAUUUAGGGUUCUCCCUCACAGGAAAAAGGGGGCCUGCAGAGAUAGCUGAUAACUUUAUUCCAUAUAGAGAUGACAAGCAACCUCCUCAGGUCUUCAAAAAUUUCUAGGUCUCUGUUGACUGGUCAUUGACACCAUAUCUUGAAAUGUUUAGAGCUAUGUAUAACCCAAAACACUGUUACACAGGAGGGAUUAGGGUUAUGUUUAUAUACUACUAAAACGUGAGGUUGGGCGAUUAACGCUGAUGAGAGGGUCGGGUGGGGCUGUCCUCCCUCUUAGCUCCCUCUAGAAAGAUUUGUAUCUAUUCCUUCCAAUAAAAGAGAGAUGACACAGUCUAUAAUGAUUGUUGAAAGGAUUUAUUGCACUGUAUUUAUGUGAAUUUCCUUGUCUGCCCAUGUUGCAGCGAGUCUCUGAUAUAUACUGAUGAUAGCAGCUUAACGCCUGUAUGUAAGGAAAUUCUGGUUGACAGGCAGAAUCAAAAGGUCAAUUGAUCGAAAGAAAAUUAAUGACCUCAGUUGAACUGAGGAGAAACUAAGGACAAUUGAAAUUGGAAUCAGAAGAUGAGCAAAUGCAAAUUAAUGAUUCAGGGCAUUAUAUCACAAAUUAACUCUGCAUUUACAAGGGAAUGUUUAGGACAUGACAACAUAAUGUGAUAUCACUGUCUAAGAAAGCUGGGUGUUGAAAGCUGUUAGCUGAAAGAUGAGAUGUGACAGGAGUUUGCUGUAGCUAUGAAUUGAGGGCUUCCUGAAUGAGCAGAAGCAUUGUUUGUAAACUGAGUGAUUUUUUAGUGAUUAAACAUACUCUUAGACUGGAAAAACAUGAGAGAAAUGUUGCAAAUGUAACUGACCUGUCCCUAUACCAUAGGUAUUCUCAGCAGGUAUAACCGCUUUCAUAAACUUUGUGCUGAUCCCACUUUACUGUUGGGAUUUUUUUUUUUUUUUACAUCAUAUUGCACUCUUGUUUUAUAUUGUUGUCAUGUAUAAAUCAAUGGAUGAAAUUGUCUAUUAUGUUCUUUACUUAAAAAGAAUAACAAAUAAAAAAUAAGUAGAUGAA